CGAGGAAUGAGGUGAUUUUAUUUUACAUAUGUGAGUUGUCUUCUCAGCAUGUGGCAGCAUACUGGCUACUAGAGGCCAGGAAAUACAAACUCUUACCUGAGACCUCCGCCCUCUUCCUGCUUCAACAACAACACAAACUGCUGGAAACUGAGAUCAGCAGGAGGAGAAAGGAGUGUGAAGUUCUCGAGGAAGAGGUGAAGAAAAGGAGUCAGUCAUGUCAAACCCUGGAGAGUGAGCUUCAGCAUGCUUUGCAGGAGAAAGUGCACGUGAAUCUCCAGUUGUUCAACGAUAUCCAGAAAGCAGCAAAGUAUGAGCAGGUGAAAAGUGAGUAUGAACAGCUGCAGGAGGCUCUGUACACAGUGACAGUGGAGAGAGAUUGCGCUCUGUUGGAGAGAACUGAGCUCCAAGGCAAACUGGAGAACCUAGAGCAGGUGCUGAAGCAUAUGCGAGAGGCUGCAGAGAGGAGGCAGCAGCUAGAAUUAGAGCAUGAACAAGCCCUGGCCGUCCUCAGUGCCAAGCAGCAGGAGAUUGACCUUCUGCAGAAGGCUCAAGUUGAGGCUAAGAAGGAACACGAAGGUGCCGUCCAUCUGUUAGAGAAUCACUUGGACAGCAUGCAGCUGAGAAGUUUCCUUCGCACUAAGAGCACAAUGCAGUUUUUGGCUAAAGUGAGAGAAUUGGAGGAAAAAUGCCGGUCACAAAGUGAGCAGUUUAACCUGCUUUCAAAAGAGUUGGAGAAGUUCAGGUUGCAGGCUGGGAAGUUAGACAUCCUAAGCAGCAGUCAGCUGGCAGGGAGCGACUCGACCGGCUCUCCCACCAAACCCCUCUCCCUCUCUCAGCUACUCAACGGCCUCACUGCCCCCACAGGGAAAGGUAAUGAGGAUCCUAUGAGUAAGAUCUCAGAGCUCAUUCAGCCUCUGCAGAUGAGUGAGGGGGAGAAGGUAGAGCUCCUUUCUGUCAAACCCACCUUCCUCUCUCGCAGCACACCCUCAAGUCCACGACGGACUUUUCUCUCAGAGGUGCGGCCUGUCAUCGCCGCUGCUAUGGACAAAGAAGUCACCUCGUCUCCCAGGUCUAAGGCCCGAUACACAGGCAAAGUGCGAUUGUGUGUUGCUCGCUACAAUUAUAAUCCUUAUGAUGGCCCUAAUGAGCACCCUGAAGCAGAGCUCCCCCUGGUGGCAGGGAAGUACCUGUAUGUUUAUGGGACCAUGGAUGAGGACGGAUUCUAUGAAGGAGAGUUGUUGGAUGGACAGCAGGGACUUGUCCCUUCCAACUUUGUGGAGUUCAUGCAGGAUGAGGAGCUUCCUUCGGUUCCUCUGUUGGAUCGCAUCAAGGAACCGUCCUACCUCAAUCACAGCCCCGCCUCUAUGCCGAGCAGCGCCGUGAGCACGCUGAGCACAUUGCUGUCGGAGAAGCUGGACGCCCUGGGCUCCUGUACGGGGACUGGCACCAGCAGCAGCAGCGGGGUGAGCAGCUUGGGCAUGAGCAUGGGGCUGGGCAUGGACUUCCUGGGACCCUGCAGCAACGGCACGGGCACGCUGGACGUGAACAUCGAUGAGAUCGGAGAAGACAUUGUGCCUUAUCCCCGCCGCAUUACCUUGAUCAAGCAGCUGGCCAAGAGCGUGAUCAUAAGCUGGGACGCGCCAGUGGUGCUGCCCGGAUGGGCACCCAUCAAUGGCUACAAUGUGCUGGUAGACCAGGAAGUGCGCAUGAGCGUGCCGUUUGGUGGUCGCACAAAAUCUUUGAUUGAGAAGCUGAACCUGACCUCCUGUACGCAUCGCAUCUCCGUUCAGAGCGUGACGGAUCGCGGACUCUCCGAUCCGCUGCGCUGCACCCUGCUGGUGGGGAAGGACGUGGUGGUGGCGCCCUAUUAUCUCCGUGUGGAGAACAUCACGCAAGCGUCGGCGGAGCUCGUCUGGAUGCCAAGCAACAGUAACUACAGCCACACUAUCUUCCUAAAUGAGGUGGAGUAUGACGUAGUGAAGCCCGGAGGGUACAAAUACCAAUUUUAUAACCUGAAACCCAUGACAGUUUAUAAGAUACGUGUGGUGGCCAGACCUCAUCAGAUGCCUUGGCAGCUGCCUCUCGAUCAGAGGGAGAAGAAGGAGGUCACGGUGGAGUUUUGCACACAACCGGCUGGUCCUCCGUUGCCUCCUCAGGAAGUGCAGGUUCAGUUGGCACAGACUCCCGGAGUCUUACAGAUUCGCUGGAAGCCCCCUGCUCUUACACCUACUGGCACCUCCAACGGAGCCAGCGUUUUAGGAUACAUAGUCUGCACUAAAGGUCAAAAGAUAGCAGAGAUAAUGUACCCCACAGCAGAUUUUGUUACUGUGGAACUGAACCGUAUCCAGUGUCUGGAAGCGCGGGAGGUCAUCGUGAGGACAAUAUCAGCACAAGGCGAGUCUCAGGACUCUCCCGUGGCCGUCAUUCCACACAACUUUCUGGUGCCUCAUUCCCAUUCGCACCUUCAGUCUCAUCCUCCACCUCACCCCCAGCCUCAUUCUCAAACACACCCACCCCCUUACCCGCAAGCCUACCCCCCAACCCACCCGCAGCCACACUUACAACCUCAUGGUGUCCUGCCACCCCAACAGCCACACCCUCAACCCCCGGCCCCUCACCCCCACCCACAGCAUCACAUCCACCCCUCGCCCUCCUCUUACCCCAUGUCUAAACCCAAACUUCUACCAAGUGCCAGAGACCCACAUGCCAAAGAUCCAGAUAUCUGCAGGCGACUGGGACAGCCCUGGGAGCCACAUCCCCGGGCCCCAUCACCGUUACCGUCCCAAUCUCACCCGGGGCACACGCUGGAGCCCCCUCACAUAGAGGGUAGACGCUCCCCCUCCCCUCAGAGGAUAUUGCCGCAACCUCAGGGAGCGCCCAUUCCUAACACAGUGGCUCGUGCAAUGGCCCGACAAGCGGCACAGAGGAACCCCCCAAACAGGGUGGAGAGGAGGAACAUCUUCAGUGAUAGGGGUAAUGUUAUGCACUCAUUAAACUCUGAUGAGGAAGAAGACGGAUACGACUCCCCCCACAUUCGGCGAAGAGGAGCUUCUGUGGAUGAAUUUCUCAGAGGCUCUGAGCUGGGCAGACACCAUCCUCACUACAGUCACAGUGAAGAUUACUACACAGAGAGCAGUCGGGGGUCAGAUCUGUCUGACAUCAUGGAGGAGGACGAGGAAGAGCUGUACUCAGAAAUGCAGUUGGAAGAAGGACGACGGCGCAGCAUUAACUCGCACAACUCGCUUAAGGCGUAUUACAGGCGUCAGGACCUUGCUGCGGAACGGGACAAUUGGGACCUCCAGCGAGAGGUGGUACGACAGCGCUCCUUGCGCUCCCACAAGCGUCUCCAUAGCAUCCCGGAGGUGGCAGAGGAGGAUCCAGACACCGGGGUGGAGGUCAUGGGUCAACGUCUGCGUUUCGAGGAAGCCCGUCCUGGCACUCCAUGCAUGAGCCCCCGGCCUUAUCGUCAGGACCAUCGGCAGCCGAACCAGCUCUCGCCUACCAAAUGCUCCCGCAGGCUGCAGAGGCAACGCUCCUCUCCACGUUACAGCUCCAUAGAUGAGAGGUCUCCUGGAGGUCCGUGCUGGAGCAGCAGUAGUAGCAGGCAGACCUCCAAGAGUCCGGACAGCGGAUUAGACUGCGGUAGCGAGGAGGAGGGCUCACUCGGAUACCGCUCCGGGUACCAUUCGUACCCGGGGGGCAGCUCGCUGCGGGUGGGCACUGGCUCCAACAUGCGCAUCAUCCACAGCGAGGGGCCGGCGGAGCGACGCGCUCUGGCCGCCUUCAGGAAAAGGACCCUGACUCGACAGUCUGGCGUGGAGGAGGACUUCCUGGACGUCGUUCCGGAGCCGAGGAGCAUGCGGGAGUCGUACCAUCAUUACCACUAUUAUCCACAUCAUCACCAUCCUCAGCGCCGGUUCCGGAGCGAGGGCAGGCUGAGUGAGGUUGGCAGGACCUAUCACAGAGACAUUAGGGCCUACUCUGUUGCCAGGCUCAACAGGGCAAUGGAUGAACCCCUGAUUUUAGGGAACUCUCCCUCAACAGGACGGUCGGAUCGCCUGGACCAUUCCAGCCGUAGGACGAGUCACGGCUGCCCGCCCCCUCAGAGAAGACCCAUCAACGUUCCUUCGAUUGAGAUCACGAUGGAGAAUAACAGUGAGGGGAACUUCUCAUCUAAGGACGAUGUUUACUAUUCCAGUGUAGCCCACCGCAAGAAAUGGCCCCCACAGCGAACACAGGACCGAUAUGAUGGUUAUGGAGGACGAGGACGGAGGUCUCCAGAUUACUACGAGUCAGAGCGAGAGGACCUGCCGCGAUUAUUUGUGGCGAUGUUUGACUAUGACCCCCUGUCAAUGUCUCCCAACCCUGAUGCUGCUUCGGAGGAGCUUCCCUUUAAAGAGGGCCAGGUCAUAAAGGUGUUCGGAGAGAAGGACACAGAUGGAUUUUAUCGGGCAGAGAUCUGUGGCCGAAGGGGGCUCAUUCCCUGUAACAUGGUCUCAGAGAUCCAGACUGACGAUGAUGAAAUGAUCGACCAGCUUCUCAAACAGGGUUUUCUUCCUCUCAACACCCCUAUUGAGAAAUUAGUUAACUGUAAUAGGUUCAAAGAUGGCCGUUUAAUUAACCGCAGGUCACGGAAAUCCAAGAGAGAGAGGAACAAGAGGAGUGGAAGACAGCACCAGGUGUCGACGCGGAGGAUGGUGGCCCUGUAUGACUAUGACCCCAGAGAGAGCUCUCCAAACGUAGAUGUGGAGGCCCGCUAUGAGGGCAGCUUACAAAGUGAGGAGGCUGAGCUGACGUUCUGCGCUGGUGAUGUCAUCACAGUGUUUGGGGAAAUUGAUGAAGAUGGCUUUUAUUAUGGAGAGCUUAAUGGACACAGGGGUCUGGUCCCCUCCAACUUUCUCGAAGAAGUGCCUGAUGACGUAGAGGUUUACCUCACCAACACCCCAAGCCGUCACCCCCAGGACCACCACCCCUCCAGGACGAAAAGCAAAAGGGUACAUCCCGUUUCACACUAGCCCUGUCAUCCAUCCGCUCUUUUUGUAAUCUCCUUCCUGCUCCGCUGUUUUUUUCCUCUUCUCCGUCUGUGUUUGUGUUGUGUGACCGCCGGUUGCUUUUUUGAUGGAUCGUUCAAGGAAUGCAGAAAACAAAAAGGAAACGGAGACAGUUACUAAACACAGAGCUGGCCAUAGAGACAUACUAUAAAACAUCAUAAUACAAGACUGAUGAGCAUUUAUUUUGAUGUCAAAUGCUCUGCGAAGCCAUUCGGGGAAAUAUGAACUGUUAUUGAAAUAUUCAUAAAACAUUGUUUGAAAAAAUACACGCAGAGAGACGUGUCAGAUUAUUCGUUGUUUAUUGUAUACAUGAUGAAAAAAGAAGCACUAAACAGACUUUAUUAUUUUUUACCUAUUUCACAAGUGAAGCAUUGUAAUAGAUGCUUUAUGAAUGUACCUGUGUUGAAACGUGAAAUUAAUUUAUAAUAGAGAAGAUAGUUUUGAUGUACAGAGAAUUGAAACCAUGUAGAACUGUAGAACUGCAUGCUUCUGUUUCAGAAUGCUUUAAAAAGACAGUGAAACUUUUUUAAGAUCCUUUAAAAGAUUCAGAUCAGUUUAAAAAAAAAACACAGAACGUGACUUAAAACCCUUUCGUAAAUGUUUCCAAAAGAAUUGUUUUGUAUAUUGCUGAUAUAUAAGACUAUCAAACAUACAGAAAUUCACAAAACAUAUGUUGCAAGUAGAAAGAGAUACAGUAUAAAGAAUGAUUUUAUGUGUAGAUGUAGAUAUUGUACAAUGGUCUGUAAAAAAAGAGAAAAUAUAAUUGCUGAUGGAUGUUCUGCUCCACUGUCAGGACCCAUCAAGAUUUUUCUGUACUGAACGUUUUGUGAAUCUUUUCUCAUAGUCAUUGUGCAGACAAUUGAGAUGCUUUACAUCACGCCAUUGUUUUUUUUCUCACCUGCUUGGCAAAACAGAAGAAGAGUGUUCAUUUCACUCCGUAACGGCUCAAAAUCGAUCACGUAAGUGAGCAACUGUGGAUACCGCACAUAAUGUCAUCCCUGUCUAAUGCAAAGGCAAAGGGUCCUUAUGUGGCUACUGGCCUAGGAAAACACACACAGAUACAUAUAUAUUAGACAUGUAAAUCAAAGUGUGUUACUACUUUAGGUGAGAACAGAAAUACAGACACACACACACUUACGUUCACGCAGAUACUAAUGGCAUUUUCCUCAAAUAUGUAACCCGUGUCCUUUUUCUCAACUUAAUUUUGGCUAAAAUUGCAACCUAUGACUUCCACCAUAAUCUAUUUCUUCUUCUUUUUAUAAUAAUAACAAUAAUAUUAAUAAUAAUAAUUAUUGUUAUUAUGAUUAAUUAUUAUUAUUUGAAGUACUUCGAAUAAAUUAUUGUUAUUUAUUAUUAUUAUUAUUGUUGUUGUUGUUGUUUGUUGUUGUUAUUUGUAUUACUUUGUAUUAAAUAAGCACUACUACUACUACUGCUACUACUACUUAAAGGAUUAGUCCA